GAACAUCAGCAGCUCCUUGUCGUCAUUAUGCUGCCGAGUCUUUGGUUUUGCUCACGGAAACUCCAUUAGCCACACCACUAGUAGCUCAGUUGCGCGCAAACUUGGAUAAAACGCGUGGAUAAAUACUUGGGAGGAUGGGAGGAAGACCCAGAGGCGCACCUGGAACUGUCGAGGAUUACACCUUUGUCAGUCCAGCUGUGAAGUAUCUACUGUUCAUAUUUAAUUUAAUAUUUUGGAUAAUCUCCUUGGUGAUGGUGUCAAUCGGCGUGUACGCCCGCAUGAUGAAACAUGCAGAGGCAGCUCUGGCAUUUCUGUCAGUGGAUCCCGCCAUGAUGCUGAUGGUCAUCGGGGUAUUCAUGUUCAUCCUCACCUUCUGUGGCUGUGUGGGCUCCCUGCGAGAAAACAUCUGCCUUCUGCAGACAUUCUGUAUCUCUCUGACAGUGAUCUUCCUGCUCCAGCUGGCUGCUGGUAUCCUGGGUUUCAUCUUCUCUGAUAAGGCACGAAAUAAAGUGACUGAGGUGAUCGAUAAUGCCAUCGUCCACUACAGAGAUGACAUUGAUCUGCAAAACCUCAUUGACUAUGGUCAGAGAGAGUUUGGCUGCUGUGGUGGUGUUACGUACACUGACUGGACCCAGAACAUGUACUUCAACUGCAAAACGGAGAACCCCAGCAGAGAACGCUGUUCAGUCCCCUUCUCCUGUUGCAUCAUAUCCAAAGACAAGGAGGUUAUCAACACCAUGUGUGGACAGGGCAUGCAGGAAUUAGAGUUCCUUGAAGCUGGAAACCACAUCCACACCAAUGGCUGCAUAGACAAACUGGUGAACUUGAUCCACAGUAACCUGUUCAUACUAGGAGGCAUUGCCCUAGGGCUGGCCAUACCACAGCUGGUCGGCAUCCUCCUGUCUCAGAUUUUGAUCAACCAGAUCAAAGACCAGAUCGAGCUCCAGAACUACAACCUCAGGCACCGCUCCGACCCGUGGAGCUGACCGGGGCCGGCCCCCAGAAACAUGGUGACACCAACGGGUGGGGGGAGGGAACCACAAAUACUAGUUCUCUGUCGGUCAUCUUUGCCGGGAUUAAGCAUUCAGUAAUUUCUCGCUGACUUAAAAACACAAGACUCUUUUAAGCAAGAACCUGGACAAACCAUUUAUGUGCUUUCAAAUACUUGGCAUGGAGGUGGAAGUCAGUACGGACAAAGGGAACAGAUGGAGAAAUAGUACUCUGUCACCACCUACUGGACAUAGACCAUGCUUGAAUUUACCAAACUUUAUACAGUAGUUAGUAAUACCCAAGCAGAAGCAAGGGGAUCAUUGGCCUUUACUUAAGAACUGAUAUCAGUAUAAUGUACAAUUUUUUAACAUACCCUUUUUGUCAAAGUUGCCAAAUUUACAUUAAUUCAUUUAGCUGACGCUUUUAUCCAAAGCGAUUUACAAUUGCUAUGUCAGAGGUCGCACACCUCUGGAGCAACUAGGGGUUAAGUGUCUUGCUCAGGGACACGUUGGUGUCUCACAGUGGAUUCGAACCCAGGUCUCUCACACCAAAGGCAUGUGUCUUAUCCACUGCAUCAACACCCACAAUUGGAGUGGGAGUUUUGUUUCAACUGGAUUCCUGAUGCUACAAACAUUAAUUUAAUCUCGUGAGAUGGGAUUAGUUGCAGGAAGACGACAGUGAGUCCGAGUUGGAGAGAGGAGUUUGUUGUGUUGGGUUAACGUUAGGAAAUCAAGUCUUCCUAGCAGUUCCUCUUCGUACACAAGAAACUCCUCUCCCUCGUUUCCAUCGGCAUAUCCUGCAACAACUUGCCUCUCACAAGGCUUCAGAGCGAGAAUCGUCCUUUCAGUUUCUUGUUAAAAAACAAAGGGUUUUUCCAUGAUGUUGUCAGACACCUGGUAUAACAGUCUGAAACCUUUUGUACCUAUUAGUCUUUUCGACCCCAAAAUAUGUGAAAAUAGGGCCCAGGUUUAAAAAUACUGAAAUUAUCCUUUACCUACCCUUUUGUAGACUUUGAAAGUCUAGCAGUAAAGCUGCUAGUGUCUGUGAGAUGCAUGUGACAUUUGCUUGAGGUCAUUUUUUAUUAAUAAAGGUAAAGGUAUAUUCUCUGCAUUGGGCAGCCACUGUACAGUGCCCAGGGACCAACUCCAGAUCUAUGCUAGUGGCACUGUUCAAUAAUUUAUUAGCAAUCUGCACCCUAAAAUAUGUUUACUUUUGAUUUGUAGUUGAAAUACCUGUAUCAAAAAGAAAGUUCAGCCUAUUAGUGUUGUAGUCAAGACCGCCCAAACCGAGACCAAGUCAAGACCAAGACCAGAGUUUAUCAAGACCAAGACUUUUAGGGAUUGAGCCCAAGUUGAGACCAAGACCGGUUCCCCACACAAAUCUGAGGUGGAACAACUUGUGUUUUCAACAAAAAUGCAUGAGUUAAAUUAAGUAAAAUCUUUUUUCAGUCCCUUUUCCUCUACAAAAUAGAUAUCUUAAUGGAAAAAUUAAGUGUUAAUUCAUUUGUGAUUCAGAUUAAUUAAAUCAAACAUUUAUUAAACUGUUGGAGUGCGUGUAAGUGGGGCGAGCAGGGGUGACAGCCGUUAACAGUAACAACACAUUGUUAAUAAGUGUUAUUUGUUGCAUUUGAAGCAAUAAGUUUUACAUCCAAUCAAAGUUAGGAUGUUAAGAAAUAAAUCAGACAAUGCAAAAGCAAUUUAUUGAUAUUCCAAAAGUUAUGGUCUUGACUGGUCUUGAAAUAAAAUCCUGAGUCCUCUAUGUUCGAGACUGAGACAAGACUGAGUACAAAUGUGGUCAAGUCCGAGACGAGGCUGAGACCGUCAAAGUGGUCUUAAGACCGGUUUCAAAUACUACAACACUACAGCCUAUACUUGCAAGGCAAUGGUGCUUUUGUAUACUUGCACAAGGCUAUGUGUAAGUAUUAAGUAUAAUACGUAAUAAGUAUUUACCUCUAGGCCUCAGAAAUGCUUUGUACCCCUGUUACAAUUUUUUCAACGUUUUUACAACAUGGUUUUAAGGUAUUUCGUUUGACAUUGUGCUAUAAAGGUAAUGUCCAAUGGUCUGUCCCUCUAUAAUAAAAUGGCCAUGUUGGGCUUCUUGGUUGUCCUGAUGAGACCUCACACUGCA